CAGGCUACAAUAUUCGUUCCUUUCUUCUGAUGCUUCUGAAGUAUCAAGGUCUUUCAUUACGGCAGACGACUCUUUGGCAGCAAGAGGGAGUCCCUGUGUUCAGAAGUGACCACGAUGACCACCUACGUUGCCAACGGCUACAACCCCAACAACCAACAGGCGGGGAACCAACUACAACCACAACAACAACAGCUCCAGCCACCUCUCUCACCCACUCCCGUCAACCAGCAGUCCGGCGUGCAAUUGCAGCAGCAGCAGCAACAACAACCUCUCAAUCCUGUCAUCAGUCAGACGGGCAUUCAGCUGCAAACUAGGAACCUCAAUGGAUCACACAAUUCAAACUCCGGUCCUGUGGGUGGCGGAGAGCGGGGAGAAGGAGGAGGCGAAGGAGAUAAAGGAGGAGAAGAAGGACAGGGCGAGAAGAUCAUUAUCAAGGACUCGGUUUUGUAAGAAGAGGAGGAGAAAGAGGAGUGAGGAGGAAGAGAAAUAGUGCAAAUGUCCAGGAGAAAAAGGAGAGAUAGGGAAGUAAAUUUUAAGUGAAGGAAAAGUAGAAAUAAGAAUAAGGAAUAGUGAUGUGAAGAAAAGAAGAAAAUACGGAAAAGUUAUUUUUAUUUUGGAUGGAAGUGUGUCUGUAUGAACAUAUUUGAUAAUAACACCUGAAUCAAGACGUUAAUCCAAAGGUGGUUACUGAAUAAUUCUUUGAAAGAUGGCGAAAGUUAGAAUCAAAAUCAAGAAAACAAAUGAAAUAAGGCAACUCAAUUUUAAAAAUUGACAACAGAAUUUCUCACUGAAAAAGAAUAGACAGUGACAGAAAGAUAGACAACAUUUUCCUAAACCA